CAAUAUAGUACCAAAAAACCGAGGAAACAAGAAUGGGAGAAGAAGACAGAUGAACAACACCCCCCUGAGAGAAAGAGAGGACUUGUCACAAAUUCAGCCUCUUCCACCUUCCUCUUCAUGAUUAUGAGGAUGUUGGGAUGUUGUUGCAGCUUCUUGGUGCUUGGGAGCGCAUCGCCACUUCUGUUAAGUUUUCAAACAGCCAUGGUGGUUAAUCUGUACUAUCCCACUGACUGCUUCCGAAGCGGCCUCAGUCAUCUUGGGUCACUGGAUCUCACGCAAAGGAGAAGCUCUAAAGAUGAUUCUUUCGAGUAGCACGUAAAUUUUCGGGAGCUGCACUGAGGAGAUGGUUCAGUGAGGCAUCAAAAUGACAUCUACUCCAGCUAUGGCCUACAUAGAGAUGGUGCGCUCUCCGGCGCUGGAGAUGGGCACAUACCUUCUCACAGCUUGGACAGCGACCUGCAAUUCGCCGGAGGCGAACAGCACAUGGGAUUGGAUCAAAGUUAUUCUUUUCUCCCCAUGCUGUCAGCACGUCCUUAUCUCAUCGCUCCACCUCGUCUUCGUGGCCCUGCUCGCCCUCUACUCUAUCACUCGCCUUGUCGCAGUCCGACAAACAAGAUCCUCAUCUGUACAGCAGAAUGGAGUAGGAAAAACUUCACCGAGCGAAAUCCACAUCAGCUCAAUAUACAGAAUUCAGGUCGCAUGCAUCGCACUCGUGAUGCUCUUCCAGUGGUUUGUAGCUAUCUGGCGAGUCAUCCAUGCUGCGCGCUAUGGCUGGUUCCAUGUCCCUGCCCACGAGCUUGUCUUCUCCCUUAGUCAAGCCCUUGCAUGGUCAGUGUUCGCUGCUAUUGUGUGUCGCCAGAAGAGGUUUUGUGCCACACUGCAUUCGAAGCUACUGCGAGCAUGGUGGAUCAUGACAUUCUUAUUGUCACUGUUGGCACUCUAUACCAGCAUUGUUCGGUAUUUAAACCAUGAUCCGCGUGACGUCCAUCUUUGGAUCGAUGACAUUGUCAGCAUCGGGAUGUUUCCCGUCGUUGUUUUGCUUGUGUUGGUGGCUAUGGUGGGACGGACUGGCAUUUCAGUCGAGGACAGCGACCUCUUUGAGAGCCUUGUAGGUUUUGAUGCUUCUAUACCUGAAGACGGUGCCGUCGCAGGGGUUACUGAAUUCGCUUCGGCCUCCUUCAUCUCGAAAGCUAUGUGGUUGUGGUUGAAUCCACUACUGAAGCGAGGGAAUUCCAAGGUUCUUGAGCUCAAAGACAUACCUCUUCUUGCACCCGAAGAUCGUGCUGAAUUACUCUACUCCAAGUUUAUUGUCAAUUUUGAGUCUCAACCCGCGCCAGCAUCCGUAAGGACCGCUCUGUUGCAAACCUUCUGGCCUCAGAUCCUGUUCACAGCUUUCUUGUCAGUGUCGAAACUGUCUGUCAUGUAUGUGGGGCCAAUCCUCAUCACUCAGUUUGUAAGUAACGUGGCUGGAAACGAACUCUUCUCCUGCGAAGGUCUCGUUCUCGUUGUCAUUCUAUUUGCUGCGAAGUUGGUGGAGGUCCUCUCUGCGCAUCAUUUCAAUUUUUACACCCAGAAACUGGGCAUGGUGGUGCGGUCGUCUCUGAUCACAGCCAUGUACAGAAAAGGACUUCGCCUUUCGAGCUUUUCCCGGCAAACUCACAGCGCUGUUCAAAUUGCGAGAUACAUGUCAGUGGAUGCGCAGCGAAUCUCUGACUUGAUGUUGCAAAUCCAUCAUUUGUGGGCGCUGCCACUCCAAGUUGCAGUGGGUCUGAUCAUAUUGCACGCCGUUAUUGGAAUUUCGUGCUUAGGAGGUAUACUAAUGAUAUUUUUCAUUCUGUUCCUGAGCUUCAAUCUAGCCAAGUUUCACCGGGGUUACCAGGGCAAUAUCAUGAGAUUGAAGAACAUCCGCAUGACGAUCACCACUGAAGUACUCAACAACAUGAAAAUCCUUAAACUGCAGGCUUGGGAAGAUAUUUUCAAAAGGAAGAUUGAAGAAAUACGAAACUCGGAGCGGAAGUGGUUGGCGAAAUUCAUGUAUGUCUUAGCCAUUAACGUCUUCUUGCUAUGGCUCUCACCGAUCGCUUUCUCGACUGCCACAUUCGCCCUCUGUGUGCUGCUCAAAGUGCCACUUACCUCAGCUAAAGUCUUCACCGCCAUUUCUACCUUCCGAAUUAUGCAAGAGCCACUUCGUCUGUUUCCUCAGGCGCUGGUGACCAUUUCGCAAGCCAUCGAUUCGUUCGACCGACUCGAUAAUUACAUGUGCAGCGGAGAGGUUGAUCCCAGUGCUGUUGAGGAACUCCCUCUUGGCGGUAAAUUUGACGUCGAAAUUGAAAAUGGAAACUUCAAAUGGGAUCCAGCAAGCGAUCGACCCACUCUGAAGGAUGUUAAUGUGAAGGUCAAGCAUGGAACGUUUGUUGCCAUCGUUGGGAUGGUGGGAUCAGGCAAAUCUGCUGUGCUUUCAGCUGUUUUGGGCGAGAUGACAAAACUCUCUGGUUCGGUUAAAGUCAGAGGACGCACAGCCUACGUAGGGCAAUCGGCUUGGAUCGAGAAUGCAACUAUCAAAGACAAUAUUUUGUUUGGAAGAGAACUUGAUAAAGCGAGGUAUGAGGAAACGAUUCGCACGUGCUCGCUUACUCAGGAUCUGGCACGAAUGAACCUUGGUGACGAAACGGAGGUCGUUGAUCGUGGAAUUCAUCUUCCCAUAGAUCUGAAGCAAAGAAUUCAGUUGGCCAGGGCUGUGUACCAAGAUGCGGACGUUUACGUUCUAGAUGAUGUCUUUAGUUCCAUUGAUGCCCACAAUAGCAGCGUUCUCUUCAAGGAAUGUAUUAUGGGUGCCUUGGGGAAGAAGACGGUGUUGUUAGUCACUCACCAAAUGGAAUUUCUGCGUGGAGCUGACCUUAUCUUGGUACUUCGAAACGGCGAGAUAGUGCAAUCUGGAAAGUAUAAUGAGCUUUCAGAGGCAGGGACCGACUUCCAAACUUUACUGGCUGCUCAAAAAGAAGUUAAAGUGGUCUUCGAAAUGAAAGAAAGAGAAGAAGCUUUAGUUGUGGUGGACUGUACGACUCUUUCAAAACAAACGUCCCACAAUGCAGAGUUGACAAAAUCACCUUCUACAGAGAAGAAUUUGGACAAGAAAGCAUUGGGGGGCAGUGGCAGGAUGAUUAUCAAGACGCUUCAUUUAAAGCAUGACUCCAAGACAGUAUUCAGGAAAGCUAAAGCUUCCUUUAUCGACGAUGAGCAGCGUGCAACUGGCCAAGUCAGUCUCGGUGUGGACUUGCUGCACGCCAUGAAAGCGUUCAAAGGGUUCCAUGUCUUCGUGCUCCUUGUUCUUCAGACGUGCUGGCAAGGACUGCAGAUUGCAAGUGACUACUGGCUGGCGCAUUCUACCGCAUAUCCAACCAACUUCCAGCCUGCUCAGUUCAUUACAAUGUACUUUGAGCUCGUCUUUGGGAGUGGAUUCUUCAUCCUCCUGAUGUCCCUCUUCACAGCUUUUGCAGGUCUCAUGACUGCUCAAUCAUUCUUCGAUUCUCUCCUCAAUUGCAUCAUGCGUGCUCCCAUGGCCUUCUUUGACAGAACACCUUCUGGAAGAAUUCUUUCUCGGUUUGCAACCGAUCAAUCGAACGUGGACUUCUUGGUGCCCAUCUUAGCGGGCACCGUCCUAUGUCAGGGCUUUCAAGCCUUCGGUAUUCUCGUUGUUGUUGUUCAGGUGACGUGGCAAAUGAUAUUCGUUAUCGUGCCACUUGCGUAUGUGUACGUCUUGCUCCAGCGAUAUUACGUUGCCACUUCUCGGGAGCUGACACGCAUAGAUGGGACUACGAAAGCAUCAAUAAUUGUACACUUUUCUGACACUAUCUCCGGACUUGCGACGAUUCGAGCCUUUUGUCAGCAACCAAGGUUUGCUACAGUGAAUAUGGAGAGGGUGGAUGCCAGUCUCAGGACGGCUUUCCACAAUAAUGCAGCAAAUGAAUGGCUCGGAUUCCAUCUUGAAAUGAUUGGGACGGUUGUGUUAGCGACUUCAGCUCUGUUCAUGGUUACCGUAGGACGAAAUUUCAUUGACCCAGAGCUUGUUGGCUUAUCCCUCUCGUAUGGACUAGCACUCAACGGAUAUCUGUACGGGAUAGCCUACUUGGCUUUUCAACUGGAGAACAACAUGGUGUCUGUGGAACGUAUCAACAAGUACUGUGGAAUCACGAGCGAGGCACCUCCAGUUAUAGAGGAUAGCAGGCCAGCUGAGAAUUGGCCUACCCAAGGCAGCAUUCAAUUCCACCGCCUCCAGCUUCGGUACGAUGUCGACACCCCUCUGGUGCUCAAGGACGUCUCUUUCAAUAUCAAGGGAGGGGAAAAAGUGGGAGUUGUUGGUAGCGGAAAGAGUAGCCUGAUCCAGGCCUUGUUCAGGCUUGUUGAGCCUUCAAAUGGUUGCAUUAUGAUUGAUAAACUAGACACGCGUCAGAUUGGCUUGAAAGACCUGCGCACUAAGUUUGGAAUCAUCCCCCAGGAUCCCACUUUGUUUGAGGGCACUGUUCGCAGCAAUAUAGACCCCAUGCACGAGCACACAGACCCUGAAAUUUGGGAGGUACUUGAGAAGUGUCAGUUGGCUGAAACAAUCAAAGUGAAGAAUGACAAGCUCGACUCCGUAGUGGUUGAGAAUGGUGACAAUUGGAGUGUGGGUCAAAGACAGCUCUUGUGGCUGGGACGCGCCUUGCUGAAGAAGGCCAAGAUCUUGGUUCUCGAUGAACCGACUACAGUUUUGGACACACUAACAGAUUCUAUCAUGCAAGAUAUCAUCCGGGCGGAGUUUGCAAAGUCGACCGUAAUCACCAUUGCCCGCCGCAUCCCGAGAGUCAUGGACGCCGACAAAGUCUUGGUUUUCGACUCUGGAGUUUUGAAGGAGUUUGAUGCACCCUCGCGGCUCUUGGAGCAGCCAGACUCUCUUUUUGCAGCUGUGAUUCGUGAGUAUUCGGAGCACUCCAAGUGCGAAGAGUAGAUUCAUGUGUUUUAAUGAAACCUGGGAUUUUUGAGCUUUUUCCCACUUUAGCCAAUUUCAGUUCAGCUUUACAUGCUCACAUUCCAGUAGUCAACAUUCAUUGUAGCUUGUAAAUAUUACAUAGCAAUUCUUCAAAUUGACAACCAGGGAAGAUGAGGGCCCUCGUUUUAAGCCCGUUUUUGUGAGGGUUCUGUCGAGGGCGAACUUAUCAGUGUACAUGUCAGCACUUCAGAAUCCUGGUAGCUGUGAAGAUAGAACUAAAUUAGCUUGUUUACAUAACAUUGUAUCCUAAAAUUGAAAUGGUUUUGUUUCAUCAAGUGUGUGGUUUCAGCCUAGUGGUAAAUUUUAGUCAUUUCAUAUUUGUAAGAUUAUUAUUUUAUUCGACCCAACUUUUUUUGACGA